AUGAUGAGCUCCAGCCUGCUGGAAAACCCGGUGCAGGCGAUUCUGUACCUGCGGGAGCUCACCACCAUCGUCCAGAACCAGCAGAGUCUCAUUCAGACUCAGCGCUCCCGGAUAGAGGAACUGGACAGGCGGGUGGACGAGCUCAUCGGCGAGAACAGGCACCUGCGGGACAUCAGGGUACAACAGCAGCUUCCUUACCAUCACCACCUUCACCAUCACCCCGACCCCAGCUGCUUUCAUCAACACCACCCCCCUCAGGACCCCCAGCUCAAGACUAGUGCAGGAUCUCUGCCAGACCAUGCGGCUGCACCAGCACAGGUCGUCGCGGCACCGGAGGUUCAGUCGUUGCCUCCCCAACCUAUGGACCCGGGUGACAUGCAGCUGGUUCCGGCAGACCCGUCUACUGUUUCCCCGGUUGAAAGUGACCCAGAAAACAGCAGAAGUUGCCAAAGCUGCCGCUCUUUGGUUCCAAUGACCCCCACAACCGUUUGCCGAUCCCUGGCUAAGAAAUCAGAGAGCGAGACUGUGCUGCAUCAGUUUUGCUGCCCCGCCCCUGAACAUCCAGAGGCUGACACCACUGGCUCAUCCGGUGGACAGAUGCUGAGCCUGGAGGAUGGGACGUCCUCUGGUGGUGGACAGAAAGUGGAGGGCACCAAGAGAGAGGGACCCAGUGAGUACGAGAUCACCCUGGAGAAUAAGAACAAACAGAUAGAAGAGUUGGAGCAAAAAUAUGGAGGACAUCUCAUAGCGAGGCGGGCAGCCCGUCGUAUCCAGACGGCCUUCCGUCAGUACCAGCUCAGCAAAAACUUCCAGAAGAUCCGUAACUCUCUGUCGGAGAGCAAGUUGCCCCGCCGGAUCUCCCUGCGCCAUCCCAGCCCUUCAGGCCGAAACCGGAACACAGCCCAGAGACACAGCUACAGUCUGCAUCCUGGAGGAGGACAGAUACCUUUACCAGCUGGUCGCUCUCCUGCCCCAGGUCCAGUCCCACCUCAAACCCCUGGUCAAACACUCACACAGCUGGAGGACUGCUUCUCUGAACAGCUUCAUUCCUUGGCCCAAUCAAUUGAUGACGCCCUUCAUGGUUGGAGCUUGUCGGAAGGUGGAGACGGGAAGGGACUACUUAUGGACCCCGGGGCCCUUCGUGCAGCUGCUGAGAGCGCUUGUCUGCCCCGCAGUGCCAGCUCACUGCUCAUGGCCUUCAGGGAUGUCACUGUUCACAUUGACAGCAAUAGCUCCUACACCAUCUCCACCGCUACCACCACAACCACCACCUCUCUGGGCAAUGCAGGCGGGGGAGAGCUGGGCAGCAGGAAGACUUCUGUGAGCGGGAUGGCUGGGGGAGGAGAUGGCCAGUUAGCAGAGGAGCCAGAGUUUCCUGCACCUCCUCCCAGUGAGGAGCUGGAAAUGGCUGGUCAAGGAUCCAGAAGGGGCUCAGCAGUGACAGCUCUAGGAGGAGGAAUGGAGGGGGAGAGCAGCUCAGACAGACUGGGGUCCACAUCCACUUCUACCUCCACCUCAGCGCAGUCGAACCAGCAACCUGCUCAAAUUUACACCCAGUACCAGCAGUACCAUUACACUCAUCCUCAGCAGAUCCCUGGGGGGCCGAGCCCCGAGGCCCUGCAGGCUCUUGUCGUCUCUCUGCCCAGGGACCGCUGCCAGGAUCCAGCCUCUUGCCGCUCGCCAACUCUAUCCACAGACACACACCGCAAACGCCUCUACCGUAUAGGACUCAACCUCUUCAAUGUGAACCCAGAGAGAGGCAUCCACUUCCUGAUCACGCGUGGUUUCGUCCCGGAUACAGCCAUUGGAGUGGCUCACUUCCUGCUGCAGAGGAAAGGCCUGAGCAGACAGAUGAUUGGAGAGUUCUUGGGGAACAGCAAGCUGCAAUUCAACAGAGAUGUCCUUGAUUGUGUUGUGGAUGAGAUGGAUUUCUCAGGCAUGGAGCUUGACGAAGCCCUAAGAAAGUUCCAGGCUCAUGUUCGUGUUCAGGGAGAAGCACAGAAAGUGGAGAGACUCAUCGAAGCCUUUAGCCAGAGGUACUGUAUGUGUAAUCCUGAUGUGGUGCAGCAGUUUCACAACCCAGACACCAUCUUUAUCCUGGCCUUCGCUGUGGUCCUCCUCAACACUGACAUGUACUCGCCCAACAUCAAACCCCAGCGCAAAAUGGGCCUUGAUGACUUCAUACGCAACCUACGAGGUGUGGAUGACGGAGCAGACAUCCCAAGAGAGAUGGUCGCAGGCAUUUAUGAAAGGAUCCAACAAAGAGAGCUCCGCUCCAACGAAGACCACGUCACCUAUGUGAGCCGUGUGGAGCAGUCCAUCCUGGGCCUGAAAACUAUCCUCGCUGUGCCCCACAGACGUCUUGUGUGCUGCUGUCGUCUGUUUGAGGUGCCUGACGCUAACAAGCCUCAUAAACAGAAACUGUCCCAGCUCCAGAGAGAGGUCUUCCUCUUCAAUGACCUGCUGUUGAUCCUGAAGCUGUGUCCCAAGAAGAAAAGCUCGGCCUCAUACACCUUCUGUAAAGCAAUGGGUCUUCUGGGAAUGCAGUUCCACCUCUUCAGCAAUGAAUACUAUGCCCAUGGCAUCACCAUGCUGAGCCCGUUUACCUCAGAGAAGAAGCAGCUGGUGAGUUUCUGCUCCCCGAGUGGAGAAGAGCUCAGGAAGUUUGGAGAGGAGCUCCGAGAGGCUAUCACAGAGGUCAACGAGAUGGAGCAGAUACACAUCCAGUGGGAAUUGGAGAGGCAACAAGGCAUUCAGCCACACGGCAUACACACCAAUGGCGGGCAAGUGGACACACACACAGGACACGGAUCUCCCUCAGGCCAACAGGAUGUGUACGAUAAAACCGGCAACAACACGCUAGAGGCUGCAGACCUAUCAACUGAGCCAGCCCAGCAUUGAGUCAACGCCUCUGGCCCUGGCUGCGCCACCCGCCCUGCUCAGCCCCAUCCAGCCCGGAGAGCUUCGCCCAGAAACACUCAUCCAAUGCCAGCAGAUCGUCAAGGUGAUUGUCGUGGACCAGAGCGGUCGAGGCCGGAUGGAGGCCUUCCUCAGCCAAGGCCCUGCUACGCAUC